AUGUCUCAAUCGCACUUCGUCUCCAACCCGUUCAGUGCCAACGGUGGCGGCAGCAGCGUCAACCGCAUCGACGAGGAGGAAGAGAACGUCACCUCGCCCACAGACCCCGUCAGACUAGAUGCCAGCAGCAGCAGCAUCAGCAGCAGACAGGUCCCCAGAAGCACAUACACCAAUACCCGCAGCUCAGCAUCGCCCGGAAGCAACAUGUUCAGCACGAGUCCCUUUGGCAGCGCUGCCGGCCAGCACCACCAGGAAGGGGGACCCAGCGGCUUCCCGAACAACUACUCCCUAGGCCGCCGCACCUCCGUCUCUGCCGAGUCCCUGAACCCAACGAGCUCGGGCACAGACAGCUGGACACCUCCUCACCACCCCAAGACUCCCGCCCAGCUGUCCCGCCUGCAGGCUGCCGUCUCGUCAAACUUCCUCUUCGCCCACCUGGAUGACGACCAGUUCAAGACCGUGCUGGACGCCCUGGUCGAGAAGCCCGUGCCCGCAAAGGACAUCAAGGUCAUCACCCAGGGAGACGCCGGAGACUUCUUCUACAUCGUCGAGUCAGGCCAUUUCGACAUCCACAUCCACCCUUCCGGCACCGCCCAGCCAGGCGGCCUCGCCGGCCUAGGUGCAAAGGUCACCUCUAUCGGUCCGGGAGGGGCAUUCGGCGAGCUAGCUCUGAUGUACAACGCCCCGCGUGCAGCUACAGUAAUCUCAACGGAGCCAUCCACCCUCUGGGCCCUGGACCGAAUCACCUUCAGACGUAUACUAAUGGACAGUGCCUUCCAGCGUCGACGCAUGUACGAGGCGUUCCUGGAAGAAGUGCCGCUGCUGUCGUCCCUCAAGCCAUACGAGCGCUCCAAGAUAGCUGAUGCUCUAGACACCAUCAAGCACCCCAGCGGAGCCACCAUCAUCGCAGAGGGAGAGCCAGGAGAGUCCUUCUACCUGCUUGAGUCUGGUGAGGCGGUGGCGUACAAGGCUGGUAUCGACGGCCCCGUCAAAGAGUACAGGCGUGGCGACUACUUUGGUGAAUUGGCUCUGCUAGACGAUAAGCCUAGACAGGCCACCGUCGUCUCCAAGACGGAGGUUAAAGUUGCGAAGCUCGGUAGAGAUGGUUUCAAGCGCUUGCUUGGGCCCGUCGAGGAGAUUAUGCGGAGAGAGGACUAUGGCACCGCCAGCGCGACGGACUCGGAGGCCGGUAAAGAGCAAAAGGGUACCUAG